AUGGGAAUGGUGGCAGUGAUGGAGGCUAUUGAGAAGGCUACUAAGUCCCUCCAAGCCGAAAAAAAUAAACUUGAAUGCCCUGUUAAAUACAAGGGAAAUGAGUCCACUUGCCAGUACUACCAGAGGAAAAUUGAUGAACUUGAAAAACCUGGAAAAUCUGGAGAAAAUUCAAAUGGUUUUUCUUCUAAACAUUUUAAAGAUGCUAAACAAAAAUGUGUUGAAUCACAUGAAUCUAAGCGUUCCGAUUCCCAGAAAAAAGCGUAUGAUGAAAUUACUGAGCGUGAGAAACAACUUGAAGAUCUUACUAAUAAGCUUAAGAAAUUCACUGAAUCACUUGCUAAAACUAAUAAUGAAAAUAUCCUUGUUAAUUUAUGUGACGGUCUUGAGACCUUUCUUGGUUACGAUAAGACUUCCAAAGGCUACACUGGCCAGGGCAUUGUGUACUCUGACCUUGAUAGGCUUGGUGACGGGGUGAUGGGAUUUUUGAGUGGUGUGCUUGGUGCGGUGAAAAACACUCAGACAUACAAUGCCGGUAAAAACACAUUAAAUUCGGUAAGUAAUGAAAUAAAGAAACAUCUUUGCUCAGGUCACGAUGGUUUCACUAAGCUUCUUCCCAUUCUGACUCAGGGGAUCGAGAGGUACAACAUAGAAGUGAGAGAGUCCAAUGAGAAAGUUAAGAAGCCCAUUGAAGACUUGUUAAAUCAGGUGGGUGAUGCAUUUAAAGACAAGGUACAAAAUAUACUGUCGCAGGAAACAGAUUAUGAGAAUGUCGAACAAGUCAAGGCGGCGGAGAAGCAGAUUAAGAACAUGUUUCGAGACGAGAUAAAAACAUUCAAUAACACGUUUAAUAACGCAUAUAAUUUCACUACUAAAAUUGAAAAAACAGACAUGAAAAUUGCAAUUCACUACUUAAAUUCCUCGUUGCAGCUUAGAGUGAAACACGGCGUCAGUAACGUGGCCCAUGAGAUUAAGCGGCUAGAGCAGGUGGCGGAUAAGGAGAGUAAGGCGCUUGAGGAGACAAAAAAGAAAAUAAGCGCUACACUUAGUACGUUGACGUCGGACGUAGAUUGCAAAAUUGAUGCGCAGAUUCAGGCGUUUGUUAGACGGGUCAAGGAGAUGGUUAACGUCAUAUUGAAUGAACUUACCAAAAUAAACAGUGAGCUGCUACAGCACAUUGACACGUUGCAGAAUUGGAUUGCCAAGGCCGAUAAUGUUAUCAAGGAAUCGUUGAAGAAAGUUGAUGAGGUAUUGAAGGAGGUUAAGUGGGAUGACCCAAAUAAAUUCCCUAAGAAAAUUGAAGAAGUAACAAAUUUUAUUAACAUAUAUGCUGGAGGGCUUUACAAUGCUGGAAAGGCGGUUACAGAACAUAUCUCCGGUUGGGUGGAUAUUGCAAAGGACAAAAUUACUAAGUUGGAGACUGGGCUAAAGGAUGAUUUGGUUACGGUGAGGGAAGCGAUUAAGGCUAAAGUCACUGCAGUCAAGAAUGAGAUAGGAAAGCUGUGCAAUAUUGUUAAAGAAGGGAGAUUAGACAGCGAAAUACAAGCAGGAGAUAAGAAAAUCGCAAAGGUUAUCGAAGCAUUUGAGGCCCAAAUUAAAGAUAUCAAACGAGAUGAAGUCUCUGGUAAUGCACUGCAAUGGAUAGUCCGUGCAUUGCAGGAGUAUGCAACGAAAUUUACAAAUAAGACGUUCGAAGACUUGGUUUUGAAGGAAUGGAGUAAUUACAUUUUGGAAUCCCAGGGAUAUUGUAGAUGCGGCUCUUACGCAGUUUGCUCAAUUCUGGCAUUGGUUCUUAUUUUCGCGGUCAUGGACAAAUUGCGGUAA